AAAAAUAUGAAUUUCAAGAAGUAUUCUACCAUAAUAUUACGCAAGAAGAAUACUACCAAAACUACAGAAAUAGAAUACACUUUGUAGAAAAACCAACUAAAGAACAAAAACAAUCUACCUUUCUACAAGAACUUAUUGAAAUAGAUAAUAAAUCUAUAAUCAUAUACGGAAAAAUACCAAGACCAUAUAAUCCAAUUUAUAACAAAAAAGUACUCAAUAGAGUAACCAACCCACCUAAUAUUGAAAUAUUACAAGAAAUACGAAAACAAUAUAAUCAACUACAACAAAUAAUUAAAACCUUACAACUAAUAGAAAUACCUUUACUAGAAAAAGAAGGACUUACACUCCAAAACGCAUAUGAAAAUAACAAAAGAAUACGUCCAACAAAAC